GUUUUCGCGCGCGAUUAAAUCUAAACGCUUGUGUGUGUUUUUUUUUUUUAUAAUUUCUCACGACUCCAAUAGGCAAAGUUUUUUUAUCAUUGAUCAUAAUGGAAUGGUAACCCCGCCUGUGUAGGGGGGAAAGGGAUUGCAAAGAUUAUAAAUAUAUGAAAAAUGAGUAACCUCUGGAAAGGUUUGAAAGAAUUGGCGGGAAUUCAAAAACAGCAGACAAAUCAGGAGCUGAAUCGAAGCCAGUACUCGCUGGUGUCAACUGAGGAGGUCACGCCAUACACGUUGAGACUCUGUCUGGGACUACCCGAUGAGGUGAAGAAUGAUCCAGUUUUAGCGCCGUUUAAAGAGAUAUAUGAGAAGGAGCACGGAGAUCCAGGAGAGAAGGCUACCAGUUGGUCAGGUGCGACAAAACGGGAAACAGACGUAAAUCCGAAUCCAUCAGUUAAUGACGAUGACGAACUGCAAGUACUAUCUGAUGAGGAUGAUGCAGAAGUAGCAGAUAGAACUGAAAAUAGAAACAAAGAAGACAAGGCAUCCGUGGAUAAAAUCCUCCACCGUAAUUACAAGAAGAAGCAAUAUAUUAAGGUAACAAGGGAUAAGUGUUAUGUAAAAAUUAUAACACUAGUAGCGUGUUGGUUAUUCUUUACGUCAACAUUCCUGAUGUACAACGAAAAACGUGAUAUCGACAGAAGUACUGCUAUCACGAAUGGAAAAGACAAACAUUACACUCUGCAAUUAUCUGAUAACCAUGCUUUUAUCUUAGUGAAGCUAUCUGGCCCAUUUUUAUCCGAAAAUGAUGAAACAAAAAUGAAUUCUGAUGUACUGGCAAGAUAUCACAAAAUGGAGGUGUGGCUCGAAAGACGAACAUAUAGUUAUGAACAAAAUCAUUCUAAUGAAGAUUUCGAUGUGGAGGCGUCCGAGCGUUGGUUGAUCACUCUUCAAAAUGACAACCAGUUGGACUUCAAUGAAGGCGAACCCAGAAUACACAAGUUCCACCACAAACCAAACAGCACACAUACAAACAACACAUACAUCAUACGUAUGAGGUCCACAUCGAAUCGAACCGUGCCAUUCACUAUAAGUUAUACAGCGUCACCGCUAGAUGUCACCACAGGAGUCGUGUACGCAGUUGUGUUACUGUCUGGACUAUAUCUGCUAAUUAUAUUUGAGAUUGUUAACAGGACCAUGGCGGUUAUUGUAAUGGCGACUAUGUCGUUAGCAGCGCUGACUUUAGCUGGUGAGCGACCAUCGCUCCCAGAGCUGAUAUCCUGGAUGAACGAGGAGACACUUCUGCUACUGUUCUGCAUGAUGUUACUGGUUGCUAUUACAGCCGAAACUGGGAUAUUUGAUUUCUUGGCUGUUUUUACUUUUGAGGUGACAAAGGGUAAAUUGUGGCCAAUGAUCUAUCUUUUGUGUGGUGUGACAGCGCUGCUAUCAGCAUUCACUGACAACGUUACUAUUGUUUUGCUCAUGUCUCCGGUCACUAUAAGGAUAUGUGAAGUGAUGGGCUUAGAUCCAGUACCAAUAUUGAUGUUAAUGGCAAUAUACAGCAAUGUUGGUGGCACAGCGACUCCAAUUGGUGAUCCGAGCAAUGUCAUUGUGGUCUCCAAUAAAGAUGUUGCCGAAGCUGGUAUAAAUUUUACAAACUUCACCGCUCAUAUGUCACUCGGCAUAUUAUUGGUGUUCAUACAGACGUCUCUACAGAUCCGUUAUAUAUAUAGAGAUACAAAUAAAUUACGGCUAAAAGUACCAGCAGAUAUACAAGAAUUACAUCACCAGAUUUCAAUAUGGCGGCGAGCGAAAGACUCUCUCCCUCAUCUUAACAAUGGAGUGAACGUCAUCAGAGAAAGACUGGAGAAGAAAAUAGAAAAGUUGAAUGAAAAAUUGGACACACUCAUUCGAGAGAACAGCAAAGGGUCGUGUUCAGAAGAAACCUUUCUAAACACUUUAGCAGAGUUGAAGGAACACUACAAAAUCCGAGACAAAGUGCUGCUUCUGAAGGCUAUGGUGGCCACAGCAUUCGUUGUCGUCAUGUUUUUCCUGCAUUCUGUGCCUGAACUUAAUCGUAUAUCGUUGGGUUGGACGGUACUGCUUGGUGCCAUUUUGUUAUUGACACUGGCUGAUCGUAGCGACCUAGAACCGAUUCUACACAGGGUCGAAUGGUCUACGUUACUGUUCUUUGGAGCUCUUUUUGUCUUCAUGGAGUUUUCUAUAUUUCAGGCACUUUCCAAACUAGGUUUAAUAGUAUUUAUUGGCAACCUAAUGGAGCAGCUGAUCCUGAUGGUUGACGAGAGAGCUCGACUCGCUGUAGCUAUCAUAACAAUUACUUGGGUAUCGGGACUAAUCUCAGCGUGUGUGGACAAUAUACCGCUGACGACGAUGAUGGUGAGGGUAGUGGUCUCCAUAGGAUCCAAUCCAAACCUGAACUUACCCAAGAGCCCUUUAAUAUGGGCUUUGCUCUACGGAGGGUGUUUGGGAGGUAACGGCACUCUUACGGGCACAACCGCUAAUGUGGUUUGCGCAGGAGUGGCGGAACAUCACGGCUACAAAUUCACAUUCAAAAGGUUCUUUAAUACAGGCUUUCCCAUCAUGGUGGGGCACUUAAUCGUCGCCAGCGCAUAUCUUUUGAUUUCACACUGUUUAUUCGAAUGGCAUUAAGUUCUAGAAGAUUCUAGAUCUUUGAGUAUUAUUUUGCAAAUAUUUAAUUCAUUUAUUAUCAUCAGUAUUAUAUGCUAGCUUUUGCUCGCGACUUCGCUCGCGUAUGGUGUUUGAGUGGUGGAAUUUCUAAAACGUUGAAAAUUAUUUUAUUUAUUUCUAAUCAAAGAACUCCCAUACAAACAUUCGCCUCCUAUUGCAUCUUUUUGGAAGUGAAUUCUCCAAAAGCCAAAGUAAUCAUUCUUAAUUUGAAAUACGUAUCUAACUUCUACAAAAAAU